AUGGCUCCCACCGUGUUAGCGACUGACCCCAAGCCCAAGUAUCUUUUUAAAGGCAUCUGGGCAGUACUGCUGGGGCCUCCUGGAGCUGGCAAAGGUAACCAGCCACCAAAAUUGGAUGAGAACUUCUGUGUCUGUCAUUUGGCCACUGGUGAUAUGCUGAGGGCCAUGGUGGCUUCUGACUCAGAACUUGGGAAAAAGCUGAAGGCAAUUAUGGAUGGUGGAAAGCUCAUGAGUGAUGAGAUGGUAGUGGAGUUUAUUAAGAAGAAUUUGGGAGCCCGAGAAUUUGGAGACCUUCUUCAUGCAAAAAAUGGCUUCCUUCUAGAUGGCUUCCCUCAGACUGUUAGGCAGGCUGAAAAGCUUGAUGACCUCAUGGAGAAAAGGAAAGAGAAGCUUGAUUCCAUGAUUGAGUUCUACAUCCCAGACUCCCUGCUGAUUCGGAGAAUCACUGGAAGGCUGAUUCAUCCCUGAUGAAUGAGUGGCCGGUCCUAUCAUGAGGAGUUCAGCACCCCAAAAGAACCCAUGAAAGAUGACAUCACUGGGAAACCCCUGAUCCGGCUAUCAGAUGAUAACGAGAAGGCCUUGAAGAUCUGCUUGGAGGCUUACCACACUCAGACCACCCUGCUGGUAGAGUACCACAGUAAAUGGGGAAUCCACUCUGCUGUCGAUGCAUCCCAGACCCCAGAUGUCAUGUUUGCAAGCGUCCUAGCAGCCUUCUCCAAAGGCACAUCUUAG